AUGAGUGAAUUCGGCAGCCAACAUCGCCAGAUUGCUCCCGGACCUUCCCCUAGCAAGUCAGAGAAACCUCCGUCGCGGGAGAGCUCGCCCGACAGAACGUUUCCCACCCCAGGCGAUGGCUCAAAGAAACGAGUGUCAAUGGCAUGUCUGGCCUGCAAGAAGUCCAAACGCAAGUGCUCUGGAGUGCCGCCGUGUGAUAACUGCCGGGCCUUCAACCGACAGUGUAUUUUCGACGAGACCUUGGACCAGCGACGAAGAGUGGCCGCUAAGCGCACCGCCGAUGAGCUGAGCUACCAUCGGGACAUGUUGAAUGACCUGCUGAAGGUGAUGCGCGCCGAGGAUCACUCCUACGGGCUGCAGCUGCUGGAGAUCAUCCGGAAUGAUGCCUCGGCCGAGGAGAUCCGUGCGUUCAUUGACGAGAUCCUGGGCCAGGAUGGUGGAGACAGCAAGGUAGGGGAAGAGGCCGGGUGCAAGCUGGAGGAGGUCCGCCGCGUGAUUGACGUGGAAGGGGCCGGGCCUUCUUUUCGCCCCAAGGUGAUGGAUAUACAUUAUCUUUGUGACGAGGUGCCGUACCGCGUCCCCGCCAGACCAUGGACAACAGUGACUGAGGAUGCAGACCUCGUCUCACAUUUGGUGUCCUUGUAUUUCACCUGGGACUAUCCAUUUCAUGCCUUCCUCGACCGCGAUGUCUUCCUCGAGCAUAUGCGACGGGCCAAUCCCCAGUCGGAGUUCUGCAGCCCAUUCCUGGUGAACGCUCUGCUCACGAAUGCAUGUCACUUUUCGGACUACUCCGAGGCAUACGUCGAUCCGGGGGAUGUUGUGACCAAGGGAGUCGAUUUCCUGGCAGAAGCGGAACGUUUGAGGGAGGAAGAACCUGUGAAGUUGAGCCUGGCUUACUUGCAAGGCACACUUUUGCUAUACGAGAGGUAUUCGAUGUCGGGCAAGGAUGACCUUGGGUAUCGCAUGCUCCACCAAGCCAUCCAGACCGGUCAUUCCCUAGGGUUAAUCGGACCGAGGAGCCCUAGUCUCAUCCCAGGGCAAUUACCCGGCGAUAUGGAGAUCUCGGUCAAGCGAUCAGCCUGGGGCCUAUUUCACAUUGAUACGGUUGUGCAUGCCGAGUUCUUACGUCCGAGCUUGAUAGACAAAGUCAACUUCCAGCGACCGGACCAACAUCAUCAAGAGGAUUCGAACCUGUGGGUGCCAUACCCUUCUCACCGACCCGCCCGGGCUUCCUAUCUGAGCCAGUAUUUCGAUCACUCGUGUGAUCUCUGCGAAAUCGCCAGAGACAUCUCUCAGACCCUUUUCUCGCUCGACGGGGGCGUGGUGUCUGUUGAGCACCAGCAUAGGACCAAAGAACGGCUCUUCGAAAGGCUUCGUGGUUGGUACGCAACGUUGCCGGACGUGUUUGAGCCAUGCCGUAGACCGCCCCCUUAUAUCAUAUUGCUGAGAAUGCGCUACCAUACCUUGGUCAUCGGUUUGUUCUCCCACAGCACCGGAGGGACUGAACGCAGUCCUGGAUCCGAAGCCCCCCAAACGCCGGAGAGUCCACCAGGCUGCAGUCCGCCCCUGAAAUACAGUGCCCCCAGUAUUGUGCAGUCUGCCGCACGUGCCAUAUCUGCGCUGACCCUCCUCCAUCGACGCGAAUACGGGGUCAGCCGCGCGCAUCACUUUGCUUUGUACGCGAUCAAUCUGGCCCUGUUCACGUUGCUCGACCCCGAGUCCUUUGAUAUCCUUGACCAGGACUUUCUCUCCUUAGCCAGCUCCUUCUCUAGCAUUGCUAGUCGCUCCCCGUUGGGUCAAAGUCUGUUCCACAUGUUCCGUCAGAUGGUACGCGCCCGGGGCCAAGGCCAGCACCUGCGGGGAUCGAAUCUCGUUUCGGAUGAGCUUAAGGCGCUGUUCGACGAAGAGUCCACGUCGCCCUCCCGGUGGGAUGAAAACGCCAAGGGACUGGAUAAGCUUGGGACGGAUGAACGCUAUGGUGGGCUUAUAGAGGGGGAACCCAGUCUUUUUGAGAUGCUGGACCGGUAUGAAAGCUUGAGCCUGGGCAAAGAUGAUAUUGCUUCCGGGCGGAUACGGAGAUGA